CUCACAUCACAGCCAUACAGCAGGCAGGGUGGCCCUGAUACAUACACACACUCACACACACACACACCCACACUCACACUCCACCAUCCACGGCAACAAUCCUCUUCUCGUCCCGUCGUCUCUUCACCCCGCGGUCCUCCAACAUGUCGGCGGCGGUGGAGUCCGGCUUCUCCAGCGAGGAGGUGCUGAACAGCCGCUUCCCUCUGCACCGGGCGUGCAGGGAUGGAGACGUCGGCGCCUUGUGCUCCCUGCUCCAGUGCACCUCCAACCCGGCGGACCUCGGCGUGGAGGACAGCUUCUACGGCUGGACGCCCGUACACUGGGCCGCUCACUUCGGGAAGCUGGAGUGUGUGAUGCGUCUGGUCCAGGUGGGAUGUGGUGUGAACUCGAUGACCUCCAGGUUUGCACAGACGCCCACUCACAUUGCUGCAUUUGGGGGCCACCCUAAGUGUGUGUUAUGGCUUCUGCAAGCUGGUGCAGACAUUAACAGACAGGACUAUGUGGGCGAGACGCCCAUCCACAAGGCUGCUCGUGCGGGCAGUCUGGAGUGCAUCAACGCUCUCUUGACUCAGGGAGCGAAAGCUGAUGUGAGGAAUGCCAGUGGGCUGACCGCUGCCGACCUGGCCCACGCCCAGGGAUUCCAGGAGUGUGCGGAGAUUCUCUCCAAUGCCCAGAACUUCCAACAAAACAUGGUUCUGUCCCAAAACGGGACUAUUCUGAACGGCAUGAGCCAGAAUGGUGGCCACGUCCAGGGCCGCAGCUUCUUGAAUGGCGUCCCCAACCGAAAGAGGUCAUUCGAUGGCAUGGAAGCAAACCCAGGGAAGAAGGCAAGACCUAACGGUAUGAGCAUGACACCAGAGAUGCUGAAUGGGAGCAGGCCACUAGGUGGGGCUGGAGAGACCCAGAUGGAGAGCAUGGAGCUGAUGGCAACUGUAACCUCAGUGGCAGGUGAAGGACCCUGCGUGGAUCUUUACUCAAACGGUCACAAUGCACUGCAGCCUCCUCUGGGAUUUGACGUGGCAGCAGCGAUCCUCUACAGUGACUCGCCUGAGAUCAACAGCUCCGCAGGCAGCCUGGUGGAGCACCUGAAGUCAGUUAAAGUACAGCAGCUGUAUGACCAAGUCUUCUUCAGCACCAUGCUCCUACACCCUGGAUCAUAAAGAACGAAGGAACUAGCUGGCUGUCCUUUUGUUGCUUGAAUGUCAUGUCAGCUUAAACAAGAAUUAAUUUGCCUUAAAAGCCAGAGUGGUCCGUUAUUAAUUGAUGCAUUUAUUUUUUGUUGUUGUAAAGGGCAGGCCCGUUGUGCAUGAAUCUGAAAUGUGUAAGUGAUGAGGUUGAUUAACAAGUGGAUUGUUGUUUUUGUAGUUUUUUAAAGUUUAAUUAAACUGUAAAUAGCCAUUUUCUGUUUUACACUUAAGUUGUUAUCUGAAGUUUAAACCAAUGCCAGGUCUCCUGAUUCGGCCUCCACUAGAAGUGGGGUGAUCCCUUUCUUUAUUAACAGAAACAAAUGCAUCCCAUGCUACUCAUUGAUAAUAAAAAAACGGUUUACAUUUUU